UACCAAGCCUCAUCUGAGAUGGUAGAGGAAUAGAUAGUUGCGAACAGCCGGUUCUGCAAGGAUUGAUGGCAGGACUUCUUCACGUCGGGCGGUGCCGACAAUCGAGCACGAAGGCUGGAACUCACUGGGUCACUAGCUGACGAACUCGAUUGUCAGUUAUGUAAGCGGUAACGCCGUACAUUCCCAUAAUGGGGUAGAUUGGGCUGUGAUCUCGUGUGCAUCGAUUCGCCCGUCAUCCACCAUGUCUCUGAAGCAAAGGCUCCAUGACAUCAUUGCAGCGGGAGGUGACGUCGCGGUUCCAGUUCUCACUGCGGUCAAUGUCGCGUCAGGUGUGCUCCCUCCCUUACAGGCUUCCACCGGGGCAGCACUCUUUAUCCUCGAUGAGGUCAAAAAGUUCAAAGAGAGUAAGGAGGAAUGGGAGCGUUUCGGGAGAUAUGUCGUAGACGCAACGGCCCGUGUGGUCGCGGCCCUUGACUCAUAUGAUGCAUCCAGCAAAGGUGCGUGGGUGGGGAACAUUAGAAAGCUAAAUCAGGCGCUGCAGCGCAUUCAAACCGAAAUCGGCAGGCUGAGUGAAAAGAUGGAAAGGCGGCCAGGCAUCCGCAAUUUUUUCUCUCAUAUGAAGAAGCCUGGCAGAAUUGACGAUUUAAAACGAAAUCUUGACGAAGCCUUAGCAUUAUUUCAGGUAAUUACGCUUGGCCCUCACGGUUAUGUUACUACUUCGAUCUCAUUAUCCUAACUGCGCAGCUGGGGACGAACUUGGAACUAGGAAAUAAUCAAGAUCGAUUAAAUCGUGAAAUCGAGAAUUCCUUAGUUCUAGACA